CGCCGGCGACCAUGGCGUUCGCCGGGCUGGAGCGAGUACAUUAACCCCGGGAGGCGGCGGCGGCGGCGACGAGGGAGCGAGCCUCGAGCGGGCGGGCCCAGCCUGAGGGAAGGGAGGAAGGGGCGGGGAGAGCGCCGGAGGGAGGCCGGUCGGCCGCGGGCGGGCGGGCUUGCAGCGCAGCGCCGAGCGGGGCCCGCGGGCCCAUGAGGAGGCCCGGGGACCAUGGGCUCCAGGAUCAAGCAGAACCCAGAGACCACAUUUGAAGUCUAUGUUGAAGUGGCCUAUCCGAGGACGGGUGGCACUCUUUCAGAUCCUGAGGUGCAGAGGCAAUUCCCGGAGGACUACAGUGACCAGGAAGUUCUACAGACUUUGACCAAGUUUUGUUUCCCCUUCUAUGUGGACAGCCUCACAGUGAGCCAAGUUGGCCAGAACUUCACGUUCGUGCUCACUGACAUUGACAGCAAACAGAGAUUCGGGUUCUGCCGCUUAUCUUCAGGAGCGAAGAGCUGCUUCUGUAUCUUAAGCUAUCUUCCCUGGUUCGAAGUAUUUUAUAAGCUGCUUAACAUCUUGGCGGAUUAUACAACAAAAGGCCAGGAGAAUCAGUGGAAUGAGCUUCUUGAAACUCUGCACAAACUUCCCAUUCCCGACCCAGGAGUGUCUGUUCAUCUCAGCGUGCAUUCUUAUUUUACUGUGCCUGACACUAGAGAACUUCCCAGCAUACCUGAGAAUAGAAAUCUGACAGAAUAUUUUGUAGCCGUGGAUGUAAACAACAUGUUACAUCUGUAUGCCAGUAUGCUGUAUGAACGCCGGAUUCUCAUCGUCUGCAGCAAACUCAGCACUCUGACCGCCUGCAUCCACGGGGCCGCCGCCAUGCUGUACCCCAUGUUCUGGCAACACGUGUACAUCCCCGUCCUGCCUCCGCACCUGUUGGACUACUGCUGUGCUCCCAUGCCCUACCUCAUAGGAAUCCAUUUAAGUUUAAUGGAGAAAGUCAGAAACAUGGCCCUAGAUGAUGUCGUGAUCCUCAACGUGGACACCAACACCCUGGAAACUCCCUUUGAUGACCUUCAGAGCCUCCCAAAUGAUGUGAUCUCUUCCCUGAAGAACCGGCUAAAGAAGGUGUCCACAACUACUGGCGAUGGCGUGGCCAGGGCCUUCCUCAAGGCCCAGGCGGCUUUCUUCGGCAGCUACCGAAAUGCUCUGAAAAUUGAGCCGGAGGAGCCAAUCACCUUCUGUGAGGAAGCCUUCGUGUCCCACUAUCGCUCGGGAGCCAUGAGGCAGUUCCUGCAGAACGCCACCCAGCUGCAGCUCUUCAAGCAGUUUAUAGAUGGGAGACUGGACCUUCUCAAUUCCGGCGAAGGUUUCAGUGACGUUUUUGAAGAGGAGAUCAGCAUGGGCGAGUAUGCUGGCAGCGAUAAACUCUACCAUCAGUGGCUCUCCACAGUCCGGAAAGGAAGCGGAGCAAUUCUGAAUACCGUGAAAACGAAAGCGAACCCGGCCAUGAAGACGGUCUAUAAAUUUGCAAAAGAUCAUGCAAAAAUGGGAAUAAAAGAGGUGAAAAACCGCUUGAAGCAAAAGGACAUCACCGAGAACGGCUGUGCCCCCACUGCGGAAGAGCAGCUGCCGAAGACCGUACCGUCCCCGCUGGUGGAGGCCAAGGACGCGAAGCUCCGAGAAGACCGGAGGCCAAUCACAGUCCACUUCGGACAGCCACAAAGACUCCGUCCCACGCGCCUGCCGCCGCCCAAGAUACAGCGCUCGAGGCCCGUACGCCCGCCCCGUCCGCACGUCGUGAAGAGACCGAAAAGCAACAUCACAGUGGAAGGCCGGAGGACUUCUAUCUCAAGCCCUGAGCACCUGGUAAAGCCCUUGCGACACUAUGCGGUCUUCCUGUCCGAAGACUCCUCUGACGAUGAAUGCCAGCGGCAAGAGGGCCCGAGCUCUGGCUUCACCGAAAGCUUUUUCUUCUCCGCCCCCUUUGAAUGGCCUCAGCCCUACCGGACGCUCAAGGAAUCAGACAGUGCAGAAGGUGACGAGGGAGAGAGCCCAGAGCAGCGAGCGCGGGAGCCCAUGAGCCCUGCCCCGGCUCCACCUGACCGGGCUGCCAGCAUCGACCUUCUGGAAGACGUCUUCAACAACCUGGACAUGGAGGUCCCACUGCAGCCACUGGGCCAGGCCAAGAGCUUGGAGGACCUUCGGACCCCCAAAGACCUGAGGGAGCAACCGGGAACCUUCGACUAUCAGAGGCUGGACCUGAGCAGGAGUGACAGGAGCCGUGGGAUGCCGAUGGCCUUGAAGCUCACCCACCCGUACAACAAGCUCUGGAGCCUGGGCCAGGAUGACAUGGCCAUCCCCAGCAAGCCCCCCGCCGCCUCCCCCGAGAAGCCCUCGGUCCUGCUUGGGAACUCCCUGGCUCUGCCCCGCAUGCUGCCGACCCGGGACAGCAUCCUGAACCCCAGUGACAAGGAGGAGACACCUGCCCCCACUCCGGGCAGCAUCACCAUUCCCCGGCCCCAGGGCAGGAAGACCCCAGAGCUGGGCAUCGUGCCUCCACCCCCCACCGCCCGCCCGGCCAAACUUCAGGCUGCCAGCGCUGUGCUCGGGGACUUCUCCUCAGAGCGGCUACAGGCUGAGUGGGAAAGGCGAGCUCCCCGGAGCCCAGCCCCGUUCCCUGGGCUCCUCCCCAGUGCUACCCCACAAGGACCCACCGAACUGCUCCAGCCACUCAGUCUGGCCUCCGGGGCCACGGGCUCGGGCAGUGACGCCCUGCUGGCCCUCCUGGACCCACUAAACACAGCCUGGUCAGGCAGCCCUCUUCCGCCACGCCCUCCAGCCCCGAGUGUAGCCCCCUCAUUCACUUCCCAGUUCAGCUUCCCACCAGCGGGGACCCCCACCCCGUUUCCACAGCCAUCACUCAAUCCCUUUAUCUCCUCUGUGCCUGCGGCGCUGCCUGCCGUGCCCCUGGUCUCCACUGCAGCCGGGCCUUUUGGGGCCCCUCCUGCUUCCCUGGGGCCCGCUUUUGCCCCCAGCCUCCUGCUGUCCAAUUCUGGCUUCUGUGUCCCACACAGAUCUCAGCCCAACCUGUCUGCCCUCUCCAUGCCUAACCUCUUCGGCCAGAUGCCCAUGGGUGCCCCCGCCAGUCCCUUGCAGCCCCUGGGCCCCCCAAUGGUCGCCCCGUCAAGGAUCCGAACGUUGCCCCUGGCCCGCUCAAGCGCCAGGGCUGCCGAGGCCAAGCAGGGGCUGGCCCUGAGGCCCGGAGACCCCCCACUCCUCCCUCCCAGGCCCCCACAGGGCCUGGAGCCAGCACCGCAGCCCUCCGCUCCUCGGGAGGCCAAAGACCCCUUUGAGGAUUUGUUACGGAAGACCAGGCAAGAUGUGAGCCCGGCCCCGGCCCCGGCCCCGGCCCCGGCCCCAGGCUCCGUAGAGCAGCUCAGGAAGCAGUGGGAGACCUUCGAGUGAGCUGGUCGCUGGGAGAGGGCGAGCAGGGCCCCUGCGCUGCACUGCGGGCCGCUGUGCUCCCAGGCUAGCCGGCCCUGCUUCCCCUGCUGCUCUGGUUCUGCCCAGGUUCUACUGGUGGGAAGGAAUGGGACCCCUCUCUGCCGCCCCUCCUCCCCUGCACACCACCCAUCUCCGAGGUCUGGCUGCUAGAGAAUGGUGCCAGUUCUGGCCUGGGAAUGGGCUCAGCCCCUGGGCACCCCCCAACCCUGCCGCCACCCUUCCCCUGGACCCCAAUUAGGUUUUGCACUAAAGCGGUCAGCUGGGCGAAUGACUGUCCAGGCCCCACCCGCCUUCCCCCUGGAAACCAGGAGCCCGAGGCUCCACAAGGCCUCUCCUCCCCAGCCCUGUUGGCCCACCGGCAGCCCGGCCUGCGCACCCCACCAAGACCAGCACAGGAGGCCACGUGGGAGCCUCGCGUGAGCGUGUCUGCACCAGACUCAUGUGGUUUGGGAGUUGGGAGUAAGGAGAAUCGGCCUUAGGACGGGGCAUUUCCAAACCCUCUCUAGCAAUACGCACCCUCGCUCUUUCGUCAGUCUUCACCCCAGCCCUCAACCUUCAGUUCGUUCUGGCUUGGUAGGGAUUUGGGGCUGAGGGGUCCUUGGGAACCCUCUUGAAAGCCAAACCCAGCCGGGCAGCCGGCCCUGGCUGGGGACUGGGGGCUGGGAGCACCAGCAACUCGGAUUUGUAGGAGGAAAAACAGCAGCAGGUAAAUCGAGUGCACUAGGAGGAGGCAGGCCACCGUCCUGGACUCUCCCUCCGGCCGCUGGGGUUUCUCCAGCUCUCCAGUGUUGAUCAGAUGGAGCUCUGCCUCUCGUGCCUGGGACUGUGGGGGGCGGAGCUGAGAAGCAGGCACCCAGAUUCCAACUGGGAAGACAAGCUUCAUGCCACAGGCUGAUGCAGGAGGCCCAGCCGCCCAGGCUCCCUGAGUCAGGAAUGGCCAGGGGGCACUGAGCCCUUCUCUAGGCCCUGGUGGGGCGGACAGACGGCUUCUUGCGCAGAGACAGAAGGGCCAGGAGCCACCCCCUCCCCCGCCCACGUAGCAUAGAAAUUCCUGAGGCCACCGUCACCAAAGCUCAGUUGAAAUGUUUUGUUAUUGUUUCUUUUAUCUAUCUUUUCCUUUUUACGUUAUUGAUUUGAUGAAUCUUAAAAUUGACUAGUUUCAAUAAACCGAGUUAAAAUACA